UCCUUGCGGUGCUCUGCCCCAAGCCACGGGGAGAAACGUUGCAGCCCGCGCCGAACGCCGGGCAGCACAAAGGAUCCCCGACUGCCGGGGAGCGGUGCUCGGAGGGCACAGGUCUACGCCGUCCCCCAUGCAGUUUCGGAGAUGGAGUGCUGGGCCCAUGGAGGGAAGGCAGCAGGCUCGGCGGCUCCGGAAGCUCGCUGGGGCAGGGGCUCAAGGCGGCGGUCUGAUGGUGGAGGCCGCCGAGAACUGUCACGGAGCUGCGUCUGCACAGCGAGCAUCCCUUAUUUAUCCAGGGCGAGUGUGUAUUUGGGGCGGCGUGCAGGGGGCUGACCAAGACCGGAGAACUCCCGGUGCGGCAGCCGGCAGAGCGAAGACUGGAAUCCGUAUGAGCGCCCCCCAGCGCCCCUGAGCGCUCGCCGCCGGUGCACGGCGCCCCCCACGGGAGGCAGGGAUCAGCAGAGCCGCGCGCCCCGAGGCCCGCCCCCGUCUCCACACAAAGACCAGUCCUGAGAAACACGGAAUGCUGAUUAGAAUUUGGGGCAAAGUUCCCUGGGUAUUCUCUGGAGGAAAAGAUGCGGAGGUGGACCUGGAAGGCCUCCUGGAGUAGGUGGCUUGCAUUCGAGCUGGAGGAUCUUCAGAAGAAGCCUCCCCCGUACCUGCGGAACCUGUCCAGCGAUGAUGCCAAUGUCCUUGUGUGGCACGCUCUCCUCCUACCCGACCAACCUCCCUACCACCUCAAAGCCUUCAACCUGCGCAUCAGCUUCCCGCAGGAGUAUCCGUUCAAGCCUCCCAUGAUCAAAUUCACAACCAAGAUCUACCACCCCAACGUGGACGAGAACGGACAGAUUUGCCUGCCCAUCAUCAGCAAUGAGAACUGGAAGCCUUGCACCAAGACUUGCCAAGUCCUGGAGGCCCUCAAUGUGCUGGUGAAUAGACCGAAUAUCAGGGAGCCCCUGCGGAUGGACCUCGCUGACCUGCUGACACAGAAUCCGGAGCUGUUCAGAAAGAAUGCUGAAGAGUUCACCCUCCGAUUCGGAGUGGACCGGCCCUCCUAACUCAUGUUCUGACCCUCUGUGCACUGGAUCCUCGAUAGCGGACGGACACACCUCAUGGACUGAGGCCAGAGCUCCCUAUGGCCCAUUCCCCAUUCAUUUUUCCCUUCUUAGGUUGUUAGUCAUUAGUUUGUGUGUGUGUGUGGUGGAGGGAAGGGAGCUGUGAGUGUGUGUGUUGCGUAUGGACUCACUCCCAGGUUCACCUGGCCACAGGUGCACCGUUCCCACACCCUUUGCAUCCCCCAGAGCCAGGGGAGUUUAAGUUUGCAGAGUUACAGGCCAGUUCUCCAGCUCUCCAUCUUAGAGAGACAGGUCACCUUGCAGGCUUGCUGGCAGGAAAUGAAUCCAGCAGCCAACUCGAAUCCCCCUAGGGCUCAGGCACUGAGGGCCUGGGGACAGUGGAGCAUAUGGGUGGGAGACAGAUGGAGGGUACCCUAUUUACAACUGAGUCAGCCAAGCCACUGAUGGGAAUAUACAGAUUUAGGUGCUAAACCAUUUAUUUUCCACGGAUGAGUCACAAUCUGAAGAAUCAAACUUCCAUCCUGAAAAUCUGUAUGUUUCAAAACCACUUGCCAUCCUGUUAGAUUGCCAGUUCCUGGGACCAGGCCUCAGACUGUGAAGUAUGUGUCCUCCAGCAUCCAGUCCAGGGGGAGCCACAGAAACCAUGUUCUUGCUUAAGCCAUUAAAGUCAGAGAUGAA